CUCCGUUAGCUCCGUUAGCUAGCGGACUGCUCCGGUUGGGGAAGACGGUGUGGAGGAAGGUGUCCUGCGCACUGUAGGCGGACAGAUAUCGGCGACUUGAGAUAUCCCCGGCUAAUCCUUGAGCUAACUAUUAUCCCUCCAUGCUGUCCAGGAGAGGAAGAUAACGCUAAUAGCCCCGCACUGCCACCUCAAUUAGCCAAGACUGAGAAGGGGGAAACUGCGUCUUGCGUGAAGAGCUUUUUCCUUUUACAGGCGGAAUCAGUUUUUUUUUUUCUUGUUGUUGAACAUAUUAAAGCCUCGACCAGCGUGACUUGUAAGAAUGAGGUUGCCCAGUAACAGACAGUGUGCGAUGGAGGGAGACGGGAAGAAGAUGGACCAAGCUCCUCCGGUCAGAAACCCUUUUGUGCACGUCUUGAAAUUCAGCCCUCUGGAGAAGGCAAAGAUUGCAUUAAUGACAGUCACACUAUUCCCCAUCCGUCUACUCAUAGCUGCAUUCAUGAUGCUGCUGGCCUGGCCUUUUGCCUUCCUUGCCUCAGUAGGGCGCUCCGAGACCACCGUCGAACCCCAGUGCCUCUGGAGAAGACUGGUGGACAUAAUUCUGAGAAUCAUCAUGCGGGUCAUGUGGUUUGCGGGAGGUUUCCAUUGGAUGACUGUGAAGGGGCAAAGGGCAUUGCCUGCAGAAGCACCCAUCCUCACCCUGGCACCCCACUCUUCUUACUUCGAUGCCAUCCCAGUCACGAUGACAAUGUCCUCAAUUGUCAUGAAGGCUGAGAGCAAGGAUCUACCUCUCUGGGGCACUUUGAUUAAGUUCAUCAGGCCAGUGUUUGUAUCACGAUCAGACCAGAACUCCAGAAAGAAGACUGUGGAGGAGAUCAAACGCAGAGCCCAUUCUGGAGGGGAGUGGCCUCAGAUCAUGAUUUUUCCAGAGGGAACAUGCACCAAUAGAUCCUGCCUAAUCACCUUUAAGCCAGGGGCCUUCAUCCCAGCUGUACCAGUGCAGCCUGUGGUUAUUCGUUACCCUAACAAACUGGAUACAAUCACAUGGACGUGGCAAGGGCCAGGAGCAUUUGAAAUCUUGUGGCUGACACUCUGCCAGUUACACAAUGAAUUUGUCAUAGAGUUCCUUCCUAUCUACACACCCUCAGAGGAGGAGAAAAAGAAUCCUGCUCUCUUUGCCAUCAAUGUGAGGCGUGUCAUGGCUAAAGCCCUGGGGGUUCCCAUCACAGACUAUUCAUUCGAAGACUGCCAGCUGGCCAUGGCAGAAGGCCAGCUGAGACUGCCAGUCGACACCUGUCUGCUGGAGUUUGCCAAGCUCGCCAGGAGACUGGGGCUAAAACCCCAGAACACAGAGAAGGUUUUGCAGGAGUUUGGGAACAGAGCCAGGAAGCUUGAAGGACAGAAGCUGGGCUUGGAGGACUUUGCUCACUUCCUUGAUGUGCCAGUUUCAGAUAUGCUGCGAGACAUGUUUGCUCUUUUUGAUGAGCACGAAGAUAACAGCAUGGAUAUUAGAGAAUAUGUGAUAGCCUUAUCUGUUGUAUGCAGACCUGCCAAAACUCUGGAAACAAUGAAAUUGGCCUUCAAGAUGUUUGAGGCAGAGGAGGAUGGUGCCAUCACAGAAAGGGAGUUGGCAGUUGCACUGAAGACGGCUUUAGGAGUGACUCACCUCAGCGUGUCACGUCUAUUUACGGCCAUCGACGCUGAAGACACAGGGAAGAUCACGUUUGACAAGUUCAGACGCUUUGUGGAGCAGCACCCGGACUUUGCUGAGGACUACCUGUACACAGAAAACGCAGGCCUCCACAGCGGUCCCUGCCACAGUCACCAAACACAGCCCGGCCUGUCUCCUCUGGACCCGCAAGGCACUGCCACCAGCAAAACGGCUAACGGUAUCUGUCCCGACUUCAGCCCCAGCGACCCCGACGGCACAAUAGACGGACUCCUUAAGAAACACAACUGAAAAGGUUUAACUGUAGUAGGAGAAAGCAAACCCCCUCUCCUGGUGAGAGGGCGUAAGAGGCAGAGCGUAGUCAGUUACUCAGUCGUAACUUGUUUGAGUAUGAAGGGACUACAUUUCAGUAACCACAGCUACAAAAGUGAAGACGUUUACCUGACCCUUUUUUUAUUAGUAUUGUGUCCAUGAAAUUCCUGAAGUUAUUUUCAGCCUGUUAACAGUUUAUUUUGUUAUAAAUCCUUUUUUUUUUUUUUCAUAGCAAGAAUCGUCAAAAUGCCAAACAGUGGCUGUUUCAGAUACAAUGCUUGAAUACUUGAAGGGCAAGCACUUAUUAGGAUUUCUGGGGCAAAUGUUUUUUUUUAUUUUUUUAUUUUUUUUUCCUUCCAAUAUAGUGCUGUGCAUGUUUUUAACACAAGGGAAGCAAGACAAAACAAGCCCUGGACAGUGAAGUGAACUAACUGUUGGUGAAAUCAGUGUUCGGUUCUCUUUUAUUUGUAACUUUAAAUCAUUUCCUCUCUUUAAUGGUAGCUGCCUUUUGAACUGAAAGUGCAGAAUGCAUGGGCUCAUGUUAUUUUGAGCAGAGCUGAGGAUUAUUUAUGUAAAGGAAGGCCUGAGGGUACCAGUGACGACUGUGUUGCUACAUAGAGCAUUUAGCUCCAGUAGCUACAUUUGAGGUUAACUCAGGCCUCUGGAAGUUGAUGGUCAUAACUGCUAUGAGCCUGUUGUGUGGGUGUGUGUGUGUGCGGGUGUGCGUGCGUGCGUGUGUGUGUAUAUAUACGACAAUAUAUUUGAUUUAGCUCAGGGUUCAGUGACAAAAAUGAAAAAUUUAACUCGUAUGAUGUCAUCAUUUUUGACGCUCAAUGGGUUGUGUGCAUGUAAACUCUUUUUCUUACAUCAGUACUCUUCUGUCCAGUCUUACCUCAUCGACUUUAUUUCUCUCCCUUUUUUUUCUUCCCCCCGAAUUACACAACGUGGACCAAAAAUGCAUCAGAUGAUUUAAUGUCACCUCUCAUGUUUGUAUUGUCCUUUUUGAGUCAGUGGUGUGAUGGCUUUAAGGGAAGAAAAAUCACAGUAUGCGACCACUGAAAGCACAUUGAGUUAGGGAGCUUUGUUAGGUACUUUAAAGGCAAGGUCAUACUACUUCCCUUUCUGCAUUACACUGUUAAAAACUUCUUAAUCAUUCCUACUUCCCCCUUUCACAGCAUCUUAUUCGUCAGUCCGAGGAUACGUUCAAGGAUACGAUUGGCCCCAUAGUCACCUGUAAAGUUGUCCUUCAUGCUGUUACUGAUCUGCAUGAAGGAAAUGUGUGAUGUUUUUAUGUACCGAGGCAUGUUUUAAAUGGAUCCAAGCACCUUUGCAUCUAAUCGCAUUUGAGGGACCAGUCUACAAUUGAAAAAUACCCACCUACAUGUAUCUGAUUUUGGAGAUUUUUUAUUUAUUUUUUAUUUUUUAAAUGGUGAUCUGAUUGACACAAACAUAUUUGUCACUGAAUGUGGUUUGAUUUUAAGUUUUCAAGACACUGACAUGCAGCCUGUGGUCAUAAUAUUCAGAGGUGGGAUUGCCCUGUGCUUUGAUUUUAAUGAAAAUUUAAAAAAGUUUAUAUCUGAAAGUUGGCAAAAAGUGGAGGUGCUCAGUAGUGAGUAGUGGGCUUUAAAUGAUUGGCUUUAGGAUACGGUUACGUUAAUAUUGGAAAGAAAGUUUGACAUGUUGUAAUAUGUCCAAAUUCUUUUUUUUUUUUUUUUGUCUGAUUUUAAUUCAAGAAACCUCAUUUGAAGUUACAAUCACUUUUCGAUGUGUUGACAGAAACGUUCCUGUGCACUUCUGGUACUAACACAGUGAUGCUCCUUUCAAUCAUUUGCCAGCAAUCGAUUGGCUGUUCGCUCUCCGGAAACACGCACAUAACAACGUAAAUCUUACAAAAAUGAAAUGUUAUCGUGUUGCUCAAAAAUCUACCGUGCUUUACAUCAUGUCAUUUGAAGGAGAACUAAUAGUUAAAGGGAAUAACGGCACACAUUAGACAUUCAGUUUUUGUUUACUGAUAUCACACAAGGUUUUACAACUUGACUUUUUUUUUUUUUUUUUUUUUGCUAUAAAUGGAUCCCAUUCCCACCCUAUUCAUGACCAUGCAUACUGUACAUGUAUCUCCAUUACGGCUUUCAGUGAAGCAAUAUUUCACAUCUCUUAAGCCUUCUCAAGAUGUAUGCUUUUGAAGAGUUCUGAUAUGUAUUUUGAAUAUUCCAAAUGCAGGACAUUUUGUGAAUUUUUGAUAUACGUAUAUGAAUGAUUUUUAUUUUCACUGCCAUGACAAAGAUCUGUGAUCUUCUCUCCUCUGCAGAUUGUAUUGAUGGUGAAAAAUGAGCCACAUUUUUUUCCUUUUGUAUAAUACUGCAGUUGUUUUGUGCUGUAUUCCUCCUACACAGUGUAAAGUUUUAUUGUUAUAUUAUUACUAUUAUCGCUGAGUUGACUGCUUAGAAACAAAAUGCAGAUUUCAUAUGGAAACCAAUAGCCUUGAAUCUAUAUAGUUUUUAUGCUAAAAAGAAAAAAAAGAGAAUGUAUAGACAAUCUUGUCACAAUCAGAAGCUACUCAAAGCGCUGAUCUCCAGUGGACAUUUUCCUAAGAAAUCAUAGGUUUCAAAUCUAUGCUUUUUACCGUCUUUGAACCUUUUCUUUUUCAAUUUUCUUUUAUUUUUUUAAAGGUGUGCAGGUUGAACUAAGCAAAGUGUGAGUGCGUGUUAAAGUGCGCCGGGCCCUGAGGUGAGGCUGCCACCACAUGACGGGCCCGAUCACACAACCACUCCAGACAGCACACACACAUACACAAACUAACAUUUUAUAUGUUACAUCAAAACCUUUUAGUAUUGUCCCCUUACGACUUUGUCCUUUAAAAAAUGUAUGUAUUUGUGCUUGCACUUUAGAUUGUUUUGAUCAUUCUUUUAUCUUUUUUUUUAUAUAUAUAUAUAUAAUUUUAAGGAAACUUCACUUUGCUCUAAAGAAUGUUACGUUUGUAUGUUACAGUAUUGUAGCUCAAUUUCCAACAAGAAUGGGUUUUUUUUUAGUUCAUAUAUAUAUAUACUACAAUAAUUGGAGCACAGAGGAAAUUGGGGCUCACAACCCUCACCCCACAUUUUGGUUCUAAAACACUUUUUAGACCUACUUUUCUGCUUUGUCUCAGGAUUGUGGAAAUUUUGUAGCUUGAAAAUGAAUUUGUAAACUUACAGGACUUCGGCGUAAAGAUUUGAAUGACUUCAACCUGUUUGCACCAUGAAAUGGAUUAAAUGUACUCCUUAGUGACGUGAUCCGAGUAUACAUUUGAAUCUGUAUGUUUGAGGGAAACCAUGUUGUUUUUGUACAUAGAUUGGGAUUCUGAUUGUUACAACUGAAACACAAAUGUAUUUUAAGACUUGACGUGGAAUGAGAUGUAUUGAGCCACUGUAACCCCCUCAUGCAGUUUUGUGUUAAGCAGACAAAUUCAUUAGACGGUCUAAAGGAUGACGUAAUACUUCAUCAGCAAGUCAAAUAUAUACUUAUAUAUACAUAGAUAUAUAUAUCUAUAUCUAUAUAUAUAUUCAGUAUUUACAUUCAGAACAAUUCUGCAUUGGGGCUGUAUGCAAAUACUGGGUCCUUUUUUUUCACACUUGUUACAUUUACCUUUUACUUCAGAUACCUCACUCGAGGCGAAUCUCAUUUUUUCUACUUGGUAUCAACCUGAAAAAAUGUAAACCUGCAAGAGAAACUUGUAUUUAUGCUACUGCUGCCUGCUUGCCACAGUUUGUCCAGCAGUGAGCCUAAGACGAAAGACUUGUGUACUCUGACAGAGCGAUAUUGUCUUUCCGAUGGCUCACCGUGCGCGGACCAAGAAACUGAACUGUUAUUUCUGUAGCUUUACUCCUGUCUUUUUCUAUACUGAACAGGUUUUAUUUUAUUAAUGCAUUUUGAUGAUGAAGAGUCAUUACUGCAAGCUACUUUGAAUUUGUUCAGGACUGCUAUGAUAUAACUUGUUAAUGUGACUCUUGGAUGGAAUUAAACAAGAAACAUUAACACACA